AUGUCUGACACCUGCUCUACUCCUUCUCCCCUCACGAUUCAGCUCUUUGACCCCGACCGCCCCGAUCACGUCGCUUUCCUGAGGUCCUACUGGAAGAAGAACGGAGAAGAAUUGACAUUGUUCUCCCAACAGGUCCCCAGCUCUUUCGACGACUUAAUCACAGCCGCAAGCAAGCACAAUCAGCUCCAGACCCUUUGGGUGGCGGAAAAGACUUCUCGCUCCUCUGAUGAAUCACCUGAUCAGUCGACGGUGGUUGGACUGCUCGCCAUGGUGAGAGAUGCCACAAUGGUCGACCGGUACGGUCCUUACGCCUGCACAUCGUUACAUCACUUUGCUCCGGAUCACGAGCACUCAGCGCUUCACAUCGCCGGGGAGUUAUUCCAGACGGCCAUAUCUCGUGAUCAGGCCACGCAGAUCCCGCGCGAGAGUCUGCGCAUCCGUGGCAAUCGCGAGAACGGGUCCCUCAUGGUUCAUGGGUGUGACAAGGGAUUCGUUCGGAACCCCAUGUCGAUCAGAGGCUCGUGGUACUACUCCAAGGUGAUGAUGGGACCGGCGCCAGGAAGCAAUGCCUGGCGCACGGUUGCGGAAUACGUUCGUGCGGGAUGGCCGGAUGCUGCGGCUGAUACAGACUCUGGCUCUGGCCUGGCACCGGAUCCGCGUCUCCGAUUCAGACGGAUCGAACUCGAUCCGGGUCCCGUCCCCGAAAGCGAUCUUUUGGUGCUCAGAGACGGAUCAGCACACGCAUUGAUGGGCGAGAUGGGCGUAAAGCUCAGUGAUCGCAGGCAUCCCGCCGUCUCUGCGAAACUCUUAUGUUACAUCGAAGAGAAUGUGUCCCGCUGGACGCAGCCUGCCCCCGCUGAUGAGGAGCGCACUGUGCUCAUCGCCGAGACCGUGACCGACACCACCGAUGACGGUCAGAUCACUACGCAAAUCGGUUGCUUUGUCGGUCUGACCAAGAUCAACAAAAAUUUGCCCUCACUCGUGAACGAAGAGGACAGCAAAAACCCUCUGUACCUGAUAUCGAAGCGUGCCUUGCCUCCGGUCAGCACGACUGACUUCCACGUUCUCUACCUGAAGACCGGAUAUCAGGAUCCAAAAGCCAUGAGGGAGCUCGUCAGACGUGCAGUCGAAGAGGUUUCUGAAGGGAGAUUGACCUGCUCAAAUUCUGAUUACAAGUUGCCGUGGAAGGAGAGCUUGAUCAAUUCUGGUUUCAACAUGGUCCGGCCGGCGACUUAUUGGAGCAAUACUCAGGGCGUACGACACACGUUCUGCGAGUACGAGCUGGACAAGGUUCAGUCUGUGGUACCGAAGUGA